AUGGUUUCGAGCGAUGCUGCCAUUGCCGUCGCCCACCACCACCCGAACCGACGAGAAAAGGCUGAAGCCAAUUAUCAUCCAAUCAAUUGGCAGCCGUCGACGUACGAUGCGGACGAGUCGGACUUAGAGGAAUGGUUUGAAAUGCCUCGUCCGUUGCUCUCGACGCAUCCCAACUACCCGCUAGAGGAGUUAGAGCUGGACCUCGAAGAGACUUUGUCGACCAUACGGGAGCAAAGGACUUCGGGGGUGAUGAUGCCAGCAGACGUCGUUAAAAUUAAACGAAUCAUUUACCUAUUCAUGCGUGACAUGAACAUCGUCACAUGCGAUGUAAAUUCUCGCUAUUUGCCCCCCAGCGCGACUUGCGAAUACAGGGCACCGGAAUCAGAACCAGAGGAAGAGAUCGAGUUGAUCAUCCCUAGUUCCGAUUCCGAAGACUUAGAAAUGUCCUUCAGCGAGCCCGAAUCUGAUUCAGAAGACCUGUUUCAGGUAGAAAUGGGAAAGAAAAGGAGCCCGAUGUCACGCUACUCUUCCGGUUAUUUCACUCCCAAUUUUGACACCAGUAAGUCGGUGCUUAAAUCUUCUAAAAUUCCCCGAGACUUACCUGGCGAAGCUUUCCAUUCUUCAAAUUCACAAACUUCGAACCCCGAAUCCCUCCGAAAGCAGACCCGGUCGUUCAAGAUCCGGAAAAAGGCCAACCUAAAUCUUCAAGCGGAACCUACGGCCAAAGAACUGUGCGAAAACCUGAUUUCGAUAUUGGCACCCUACCCUUCAACGAACAUUCCCCGUUCCGGACGCACACCUGGAACCCCCCAAAAGGUCUUUUCAGUCAAUAAAAAGAAGAAUAAACAUGUCUAG